AUGUCCGGAUUCAAAUUCACCUGCCACACGGGAAGUUUUCAAACAGGCAUAAGCGCAGUUGUUAAUUCUGUUUUUCAACAUAAGAAAUAUGAUGGGGUUGUUUAUGAAAACAUAUGGACUAAUUACACUUUUCCUCUUAUUACGGCUGACCGGUACGAUAGUUUUUAUGGACCGGCCGUUUGUACAUCCUCUGGCGAUCCAAGGGUCGUGACAUUUGAUGGUACCUACUAUUCCAUCUACCAAAGUGGACAGUUUGUUUACGUCAAAAGCGAUGACCGAAGUGUAGAAGUGCAUGUACGUCAUCGACCUUGCGUUUCUAACGUCGCUUGUGUUUGCGGUGUGGCAAUAAGGGAAGGUGCAGUGAUACUUGCUGCUGACAUGUGCACCGACUCGUUUCUUCGUUAUUUGGUGUAUCCAUCUACUACAUUACCGUCAGGCUAUCUUGUGCAAAGAACAUCUUCGGGAGAUUCAUUUGAAUUAAACACGCCAUCCGGGAAAAUAUUUGGAUCAAACGCUGGUAACAUGCUCAACAUUCAAAUUUUCAUUCCCUCGCAAUAUCGUGCCUCAGUGGAUGGUUUGUGUGGAAACUAUGACGGCAAAGCAGAAAAUGAUUUACAUUACAAAAAUAAAACGUUGAUCCCAACUAGGAAUGAUUUAAACUACGUUGCUUCUAGAGAUUACGUCGACUUGUGGAGGUUAGAUCAUUUUUGUGACGAAACAUUAGUUGGCUUGAUGACGCCUAAAAAUGAGCCACACUCUUGA